UCAAAGCUUUCGCUUUCGCUUCCAGAGCGCACUUAAUUUUAGGUAGUCUACGACUUCUGCAUUUAAGUUUGCGAUGAGGUCUCUUUUACUUUAACUUUUUAUUAAUAAGCUACUAGACGUUGCUUAAAAUAAUAUUGGAGGCUUGGGCAGCAUCAGAAUAAAAAUAUUGAUAUAUAUUCUUUCGUUUUCAAGCUGGGAACGUGAUUAAAGUGUGGUCGAGCCGCUUUGCACAUGUUUCUCUGACGUUUUGUUGCUGUAAGACCAAGUUAUGUGGUGAAGAUGGAAGAAGGAGCCAAGUUGCACCUGAAAGAGUGGCUGAUAACUCAGAUAGAGAGUGGCAAAUAUGAAGGACUGUGCUGGGAGGAUGACAACAAAACCAUGUUCAGGAUUCCGUGGAAGCACGCAGCCAAGAAGGACUACAAACAGACGGAGGAUGCAGCUCUGUUCAAGGCCUGGGCUGUGUAUAAGGGCAAAUACAAGGAGGGAAGGGAUAAAGCUGACCCCACCAUGUGGAAGACCCGUCUCCGCUGUGCACUCAACAAGAGCACAGACUUCCAAGAGGUCCCUGAACGCAAUCAGCUGGACAUCACUGAGCCAUAUAAAGUCUAUUGCAUCCAGCUCGACAAUGGCUCAGCCAAGCCAGCAGACUCUCCCCAGAUCAAGAAUAAAAUGAUAAUUCAGACUAAAAGGUCUUCAAAGAUCCCUUGUUCUGUGGAAAGAGAGAUUCAGUCUCAAAAUGACUCAUUUCAAGCAAAUAAAGAAGAAGAAAAACCACUGACUGAGAAUCUGAUGAUGGAGCACAUGUACUGUGAAUUAACAGGAAAAAAACCUCAAAAUCAGGUCCCUGCUCCUAUUACCUUCUUCAGCCCUGCGCCUACUAUGUCAGAUUUUCGUAUGAAGGUGACGUUGUUGUACCAGGGCCAGAGGGUGAUGCAAGUGACCACCCGCAGCCCAGAUGGAUGCUUCAUUCUGCAGGGCCGUGUUCCUUUGGGAAAUGAACGGAUCUACGGGCCCUGCACUGCACAGCAACUCUCGUUCCCUUCCCCCGGCUCUGUAUCCCUACCGUCAUGCAUGGCUGAAGCAAUGAAUCGCCUUCUUUGUCACCUGGAAAGGGGUGUGCUAUUAUGGGUGGCCCAAGAGGGGGUGUUCAUCAAGCGGUUCUGCCAGGGCAGGGUGUACUGGAGCGGUCCCACGGCCCAACACUCUGACCGGCCCAACAAACUGGAGCGUGAAAAGACCUUCAAACUGCUUGAUAUACCCACAUUUGUCAGUGAGCUGCAGAGCUGUUUACAGGGGAAGGGACCUACACCUUCUUAUGAGAUUGAGCUCUGCUUCGGAGAGGAGUAUCCAGACCCCGGCAUACCAAAAACCAGGAAGCUGAUCAUGGCACAGGUGGUGCCAUUGUUUGCAGAGGAGCUUCUGCAGAGGUUCAACUUGGGAGAGACUGAGGAGAAGCGGUUGGUCCUUGGCUCCAACACAGAGGGAGAGAAGAUGUAGGAAGUUACCCUGCACCAGGGUAACCAUGAACAGUAGAUUACUGGAGCUUUGUCCCAAGAACAGAGCAAAAGAUGAAGAGUAUCGUCAGUGGAGGAGUAUAUUCAUUCAUUCAUUCAUUCAUUUUCUACCGCUUAUCCUCUAGUAGGGUCGCGGGGGGGCUGGAGCCUAUCCCAGCAUCUUUUCGGGCGAGAGGUGGGGUACACCCUGGACAGGUCGCCAGUCCAUCGCAGGGCAAACACAUAGAGACAGACAACCAUUCACACUCACAUCCACACCUAUGGUCAAUUUAGAGCAUCCAAUUAGCCUAGUCCCCAUUUUUGCAUGUCUUUGGACUGUGGGAGGAAGCCGGAGUACCCGGAGAGAACCCACACUUGCACGGGGAGAACAUGCAAACUCCACACAGAAAGAUCCCACGGCCGAGCCGGGAAUCGAACCCGGAACCUUCUUGCUGUGAGGCGACAGCGCUAACCACUGCAUCAUCGUGCAGCCCUGGAGGAGUAUAUAUGAUGAGAAAUGAUGGAUGUGUUGCAGUGUAAACCUAUUUGCAGUGCAAGAAGGAAAAUUUAAAAGCAAUGUACCAUAUAUUGAUUUUUUUCCCGUCCACCAUGCAGCUAGCCUGGCAAGAGUUAUCAGCUGUUAAAGAAAAUAUCUUGUUUAUAAAACAUGCAUAUUAUUAAUGUAAAAGUUUUUCCAGCAUCUUAAUCCCAUAUUUACCAUUUGUAUUAAAUGAUCAUUUAAGUGUAUAGUACUUUACAACAUAUGCAGAGAAUAAAUUCACACUUUUAAUUAAAUCUAUAAAGCUUUUUUUCCUUUAUUUCUAGCGAACAUCAUAUAACAGAUUCACAAUUUUUAAAAAAUAUACAUAUAUUUUUGUAGCUAUAACAUUUAAAAAGAAAAAAUCAACAGGUAAGGUUUUCUUUUUGAAAAAAAAAAAAAAAAACAAA